UUGCAGACAGGAUUGCGACUCGGGUUUCUUGCUGUGUUAUGGCAUUGAGUCACUUUUUCUGUUGAUAUUCUUGCAGUCAACUAGACGAUAUUUCAGAUUUACCAAUCCCUACACAAUUUGAGUUUGUGUAAUUUGUAUUUCAUUGUGAAUUUCAAGAAAUAAUCAAGCAAUAUGGGUGAACGCAAAGGACAGAAUCUGUACUAUCCUCCGGAUUAUGAUCCCAAAUUCGGAGGUAUCAACAAAUUUCAAGGCACUCAUGCUCUUAGAGAGAGAGCAAGAAAGCUUCACAUGGGGAUUUUAAUCAUUAGAUUUGAAAUGCCAUUCAACAUAUGGUGUGAGGGGUGUAAUAAUCAUAUUGGCAUGGGUGUACGAUACAAUGCAGAGAAGAAGAAAAUUGGAAUGUAUUACAGUACGCCACUGUAUCAGUUUCGAAUGAAAUGUCACUUGUGCGAUAACCAUUUUGAAAUUAAGACUGAUCCAGCGAACCUAAAUUAUGAGAUAGUUAGUGGAGCAAGGAGACAAGAAAAUCGCUGGGAUCCAACAGAAAAUGAACAAAUAGUUCCAGAAACUAAAGAAGUUUCAAGAAGGUUGUACGAUGAUGCUAUGUAUAAAUUAGAACAUGAAUUAGAAGAUAAGACAACGGCAAAAGUUAGAAAGAACGCAUUGCAAAGGGCAGUAGCUUUAAAUGAAGAAUUAUGGAAAGAUGAUUAUAGCUCUAACUGUGCACUAAGAGACAUUUUUAGGACUAAAAAGAAGGAAUUAGAAACUAAAGCUUCCAUUAAUCAAAAAUUGAAGGAUAAACUUGGUUUGACUACUGAUCUCAUAGAUGAACACGAAGAUGAUAUAAAAUUAGCUAAGCUUUUAUCCCAACAAAAAUUAAAAAAUAAAACAAAAGUCCUACCACUAAAAAGACUCAUAGCAGUUGCCAAAUCAAGAGAAAGAGCCAAAAAUAAACCCAUUCCUUUGCAAGGAUCUAAAUCUAAGAGCGAAACCACAACCUUGGCAUCAGUGUCGGCAAGCGCAUCAACCUCGGGUAGCAGUGGUACAAGUAGCAAUCCCACUUCUGCUCUACCAUCGUUAGUUCACUACGAUAGCUCGAGUUCCGAAAGUGGUUGUUGAUGAUCUUGAUCAUCGGCAGCCCAAUGU